AUGGUGUUACGGCGUCGCAGCCAAGGCGCAAUCGUAACGCGACUUCAGACUGUCCCGGUGCGCUCGAAGGGAGCUCUUUUACCUCCGGGCACUGCUGCAGGUACGGCCUGCUUCCAGUUUUCAGGACCUUCGCAUGGUGCACGGCCACUGCUACCGGACAUACCAGGAAGCAGCCACCGCUCUGGGGCUAGAAUACCCCCGUCCAUCUCAGCUGCGCUUCCUCUUCGCCUAUCUUCUGCUGGACUUGCCUUUUCCAGCAGUGGACCUGUGGACACAGUUCCGGCGGGAGCUUUGUGCGGACUAUCGACUGCGUCACCAUCCCACCAGUCGACAAACCUGGCCCUGGAGGAUAUUGCACACUACCUGUCUUCGCAGGGUUCCUCUCUGGCCCAGUGCGGCUUGCCAGUGCCACAACACCAUGACCCUGAGGUGGACUUGGAGCUGAACUUCUUCUGUAAUCGGCUACCUACUCUGCAUAGAAGGAGCGAGGCAGCGUAUGCGAGGAUGAAUGCUGAUCAGCGAAACAUUUUCGACCGCAUUCUUAGACACUGCGGUUGUGGUGGAUGCUUCUUUAUCGAUGGGCACGCAGGCCGCAGCAAGACCUUCCUAUCCAAGAUCGGCGUCCAUUCAGACCGCGCCGAGCUGCUGCAGCAGGCCGCCAUUAUCGUCUGGGAAGAACGGCCCAUGGCAAAGAAGGCUGUUCCGGUGUGUGCCAACCAGUUGUUGCAGGAUGUCAUGGAGAAGGAUCUACCAUUUGGAGACAAACUCUUCAUUGGCUUGGGAGAUUUCCGUCAGGUGGCACCGGUCAUCCGUGGCAACUCUGGUCCAACUGCCACGCUCAACAGUUCCAUCAGCACUUCGGAUCUCUGGUGCCAUUUCCAGAUCCUAUCCCAAUCAGGAAUGCAGGAGAUCCCGUAUAUGCAAGGUGGGUGGACCAGGUCGGAGAUGGUAGGACUCCUUACGAAGUCAGGGUGUCACUAUUGA